AUCGAUGUUAGAAAAUGUUCAAAGUGCAUGUUAUCAUUUGCCCGACUCGAAACAAAGAUAAUCUCGGGAGUAGUUGGGCGGUGUUCGUGUAGAAUUUGUCACAAGUGUGUUGUGAAAGAUGUAAUGACAUAGAAAAUGAGUGGAAGGUUCAAAUUUACACACACACAAUAGGUAGAAGAAGGGCAACCAUGUCGUCCCGCCCCCCCAAUGAGAACUUGGUCACCUACAAACUGGUGGUGGUGGGGGACGGAGGCGUGGGCAAGAGUGCACUUACGAUUCAGUUCUUCCAGAAACUUUUUGUCACUGACUACGACCCAACGAUUGAAGAUAGCUAUAUCCAGCACACAGAAGUUGAUGGCCAGUGGUGCAUUUUAGAUGUUCUAGAUACUGCAGGCCAAGAAGAGUUCAGUGCCAUGAGAGAACAGUACAUGAGAAAGGGGGACGGAUUCCUCCUAAUGUACUCUGUCACAGAUAAACAAAGUUAUGAAAAUAUAAUAAAUUUCCACACACAAAUUCUCAGAGUGAAGGACAGGGAUGUUUAUCCAAUGCUCCUUGUUGCGAACAAAGUAGACCUUGUACAUCUUCGAAAAGUAUCAGAAGAAGCUGGUCGUGAACUGGCCCAUAAGUUGGGCAUUCCUUAUAUUGAAACUAGUGCCAAAGAUCCCCCACUGAAUGUGGAUGCUGCAUUUCAUGAGGUUGUACGCAUCAUCCGCAAUCAGCCACCUGCAGAAACUGAAAAGAAUCGCAGGAAAAGAAGACACCCUAUGAAGUGUGUUUUGCUGUAAGUCCUUUACUUGGCUACUGAAACAGUAGGCGAGAAAAUGCUCACCACUUUGCUGAUAAUUUUUUUAUUCUUCUUUACAAAAUGAUGUUUUUAAGGAAACGGUCAUUGGAAAACGCACACUUAAGGUACAUAGAUGAAACAAAAGUAUUUUCUUCUGAGAUUGUAGGAAUAAGAAGGAAGUAAUUGGUGUCAAAUGUUAGAAUAUCAAUAUAUGAAUGUUAUACAUGGGUAUAUUCAUUGAAAGGCCUAUUCAUCUAAUCUUAGCAUUAAUUUACUCUAUAUGUGUUUGAUGUGUUAUUUUUCUGAUUAUAAGACUGCCUUUAAAUAUGAUUUGCUUAAAAAGCAUUGGACAGAAAAAUAUUCUGUCAGAAUGUAGCAAAAAUUACUUGGAUUUUAUUACAGAGCAUAACUAUAUUUUAUACACACAAAAUCAUUCAUAAAUUUGCAGCUAUACGCACACAUAAUGCUCACUUCCAUUUUCAAUGCUGUAUAGUCAACAUAUGUGUUAAUUACUGUUGUGCUAAUAGUUAGGCUUUUCUCUGAAAAUGUUCUAUGGGGUAUCUUUUUAUAUACGUGUCACAAGUUAUCUGGUUGUUUACUCAGUGUGAAGUAUUCUUUCAGAUGUCAUAAAUGUACAAAUUAGAAUGAAGUUGUAUCAUCAAUUAGCAUUCCAUUCAUUAAUGUUUGUGUUUGAGACUGCUGUUAACAUUGAGUGACGUAGUAAGUCUCCUGUAUAAAAUAAAGGUGUUCUGUAGUCCACUAUCAUGGUGUGAGUUUUAUGACUAUGAUCCAAAGAAAUAUUUUUAAUUUUCAAGCAUACAAAUCUUAAAAGCAAGGCAACACUUAUUGCAAGCUUAAUUUAGCAGACUGAUGCUAUCUGUUAUGUGAUAAAUUGUACACCUACAAUAAAAGUGACGAUUUUCAUUUAUACAUUAUAAUAGACAAAUAGAUUUAUUAGUGAAUUUACAUUAUUGUUGUUUCUGUAAUUAUUCAAAUGUUUUACUUAAAAUAAUCAUAAUAAAUAAUUUUUUAGGAUUUCUGUUUAAUGCACUUCAUUGUUGAUUGAUCUAUAACUGAUCAUUUUUAUAUAAUUAUUUAUUUUAAGAAUUUUUCUUAAAAGUGUUUAAGUUGUUGGAACACAAAAGGAAAAUAGUUAAUGAUUAAAAAUGUGAAGAAGAUGCCCACAUGUCUUUCAAGUAUUUUAGUUUCAACAAAGUACAACUCAUCUAAGCAGAUAAUUAAAAUUUCAAUUUCGAAAAGUCCUUACCAUUGAUGUAGACGAUGCGAAGGCCAUAUCAUAAGGGUUUUGUAAGUACAGUGGGCUGGUUUGUGUUGACAGUUUCUGGACUGAUGAUGUUGAUCUUAUGACUCAUGUGGAGUUCACUGGUAUUUUUACAUUAUAUAUACUGCACUUUAUACUCCAUUUGUGUGCCAGAGAUGAAAUAUAAAUUUUCUUUGCUUAAAAACAGCCUCCAACAGACACACAUUUCUGUUAGUGGUAUUAUUAUAACUAACUUAUGCAUUUAUGGGGCUGUUGGAUGUUUUCACUUGAAAUCUGUAUCCUAUCUUUAUCACAGAGGUAAAAUAGGGAAACCCCUCUGAAUCCAUACAUAUUCUUAUUUUCCUUAAACUCAUUAAAGGCAGUAACUGCAGAAGCUGUACGUGGUUACUUAUCCAAAGUUAAAAUUAGUCUCAUAAGAAUCUCAGCCCAUUUUAAAAAUGAUAGAAUUUUGUGUCACCUCUUAUUUUUUAAAUUUAUAGCCACACUUUCAUUAAGCUCAGGACUCAUCAGGACAUGUGAGGAUUAAAAAUUCUGAUAAUUCUCUGUGUGGUAGGAGUUAUUUCACUUUACUUUGGUUGGACAAAUUGUAGCAUAACUCCCAAAGAAAUAUUGAUACUUCUGUGUGUAUCACAUUUCUGUACCACAAAAACAAUGUGUUCGCUUGUGUGCAUGCGUGUGUGUGCGUGCAUGGAAUAGAUAGCCUUAUAAUUUCUCAACAGAGGUGAUAUUGGGCUGUAUGAAGAUUUCAUGGUCAGUUUUGUGCUGUGUUGUAACUUGUAAAUUUUUCCACUACAGUGUUUCAUUUAUGUAUUUGUAAUUUAAAUUUCAUAGUAUCAGGCUGAUAGGCAAUCAUAUAUGAGCAUGAUAUACAUCUUAUUUUAAUUGCACUUUCUUCCUAAAAGUACACAGAACUCUCAUUUUCUAGAUGGUCAAUAAAACACGAGGAUCCUUUUAGUACUAACUCAAAAUUUAGUUUCUGUGUUGAGCCUAAUACUUUAUAUGCAGGGAGGACAUUGCUGAUUAACUGAUAUUUUGAGUCCUCCUUUUUCUUGGAUACCUUGUUUUUAUAGUUGCUUAAUAUAGUUUCACUUUGUGGAAAAUUUACAUAGGAGUACUUAAAUUUGCUUUUCAUGUGCGAAAAAAUGUUGACAGAUCAUCAUUCCCAUAUGAGUGUUGUAAUGCAUGAAUGAUAUGCUGCUGUUUCAGUUGAGAUGACAUUUUCCUCUGGCAGUCUUGUAAUCAUUACAUAUUUGCUCUUGAUGCUAACAUUUUGAAGAAUGCUUUCUUUCCAUGUGACAAUAAAUGAUGUAAUAAUACUUUCCUCACAUUGAAUUUGUUUGAAUUUCAAAAACUCAGUUUUUCAUGUACACAGCAAUGGCAGUCGAUUGAAAUAACUGAGUUGCUUGGAAUAGGGAAAUAUAUAUCUAAAGAUGUACAACUUCAAAAUAUAUUUUAAUGUUACUGAAUUGGUAAAUGAAAUAGCAUGUUUUCUGGGGACAUACCUGCCAUAUUUUAAUUAUAUUUAAUAUAGACAUGAGGAAAAAAUUUAUAUUUUUGUUCAGAAACUGAAGUAAGUAAGCUUUAAAACACUUUCAUAUGUAAUAUAAAAUAUGUAAAAAUAAAUAUAUCUGUGUGUUGUAGAAGUAUAUGGAUUUUAUAUGUGCUUUUUGGUAUAUAUUAAUUUCUGGCAACAACUUGUAGUUUAGAACUUACAGAUCCAUAUUCUGUGUGCACAAUUCUUGAUAUUUAGUGCUGAAGAAUAUAUAAGUUGAAUGUAACUUUUCAAAAUUUUAUUCUGAGAUGUUUCCCUUUUUCAUUAACUUUUUUGUUGAUAUUGUUAUGCUUAAAUAAAUGUUGAUUUUUGUGUAA